AUGACUACCAAUUUGGAGCAAACCACAGAUGAAGAUUUAGAACAUGAAAUACAGGGGGCGACUGUGUUCAAUUUCACACAGGAGGAUGCUGAUCGCAUCAGGUUUGACGCUUUUCCAACAAGGGACACAAGAGAACCACCUGAUUACUUAUUUGCUAAAUGGUUGAAGUUAAAAAAGAGGAGUACUGACCUUGCACUACACGGGAGCUUCCUUUCGGAAUACCAUAGAAAGAUGUAUAUCCCCAGAGGUUUUAGAGUGAAGAGUGUACCAACAAUUGGACGGAACAACGCUGCCUUUUGUGUCAAAUGGUGCAGCAUCUUAAACAAGUGCUCCUUAGACCUUAUGCUAUUGGUGAUCGAGGAAGUAAGGACACUCAUGCAGGCAGUAAAACUGGAGAUUGACAAGUUUGAGGAACUACAUAAGCCAACAUUAGAAGCCGACACUGAGCACAAUUGGCUGGAUAAAUUGGAACAACAAGUGGCACAAUACCAAUCAGAAUUGACAACAUUUAAAAAUAGAAAAUGGGAUGUAGUGAUGGCAGACUACAAAGAAAAAAGAGUUUAUCGUUGGCUUCUGAGCCAGGAGGAAAGGAGAAUACUAACUACCUCCAAUACACACAGACCUCGGUACCGUAAACCAAGAAACUUAACCACUGUAGAUUCCUCAGGAAACAGCUCAGAAUCAGAUGGGGCUCCUACUAUACAAACAGAGCCUAGGAUACUUAAUAAAGGUUUUUCCUUUAUACCCACUGAAUAUGACGAUCCAUUCACCUCUUUUUUGGACAAACAAAAGUUUGAAAGAAAUUUACGAUUACGCGAACAUUUUGGAGGUAAUCAAACAGAAAUACCAAGAUUUCGAACUAAAGGGAAAUAUGACCCUAACAGCACUAAUGCAAGCAUCAAGACCUACAGCAGAUUGCUAGCUGAUGGAGCAACAAAAGACCUCCAAGCAAAUUUUGGAAAACAUCGUAACAACCUCUCACGAAAAGAGAGAGAAGCACUGAAAAAACUAAAGGACAACACUGAUUUAAUAUUCCGUGAAGCCGACAAGGGCGGUGCAGUGGUAAUCUUGGAUUACGUAUACUAUCGCAAUGAAGCAUUGGCACAGCUGAGUGAUGAUAACACAUAUAAACAACUACCAGGAGAUCCAGUGUGGUCGUUCAAGAAACAAAUUGACGCAUCUUUACUUAAUGCACUAUCGAACAAACUUAUAGAUGAACAGCUAUUCAGAUUUUUAACUGUACAGUUUCCACGGGUACCUGUUUUUUAUACGCUACCCAAAGUGCAUAAACAUCUCACACAACCUCCUGGGAGACCAAUAGUUUCUGCUAUUGGCUCACUGCUUCAGCCCAUUGCCACAUAUUUGGAUUCUCUUUUCCAACCUAUGGUCUGCAAUAUGCCCUCUUUUUUGUUGGACUCGAUGUCCCUGAUUAAAGAACUCAGACAAUACCAUCACCUUAAAGGAACGGAGCUGUUGGUCACCCUUGACGUGGUGAGUCUAUACACCAUUAUCCCACACACCCAGGGGAUGGAAGCAAUUCGUAACCAUCUGAGAAGAUACCCUUAUAUAGGUCCUAACUCGGAGUGGAUUAUGGAGAUGUUACAACAUUGCCUCACUAUGAACUAUUUCCGCUUCGAGAACCUGUUCUACCUACAGCUUUUGGAGUUUGAACAGUACCAGACUGACCUGUUUUUCCACCCCAAUAUUAGGGUGUUUCGUCGCUACAUAGACGACCUUUUUUUGAUCUGGGAUGGCACGGUAGACGAUCUUCAAUUAUGGUUUAACAAAUUAAAUGGCAUACGCCCGAAUUUACAAUUCAAGAUGCAAUACAGUGAUACAACGGUAGAUUUUCUUGAUCUACGUAUAUACAAGAAUCACAAUCAAUUGUCAACUACACUCUUCCGGAAACCCACAGACAGAAACUCUUUACUCCAGGCAACUAGCUGUCACCCCCCGGCACUGAAGAAGGCCCUGCCGGUUUCUCAGUUCAAAAGAGUCGUUAGAAACAACAGCGACCCUGUAUAUACAAAACAACAACUGUUGGAAAUGAAGAAAAGAUUUCUCCAACGGGGAUAUAGUGAACAGCAUUUAAAUAAAUGCCUGCAAAAAUUCUGGGAUUUAUCGCAAGAGGAAGCGCUACAGGCAAACAUCAGAACAGCAGACACCGAACGGAUGACAUAUGUAACAACAUAUACAGUGGAUAAACAGAAUCUUUCAGCUGUACUAAAGAAAGACUGGGACAUUGUGCAGUCGGAUCAUACUUUACCAUUCACCAACAUAGGACCACCGAGAGUCUGUUACAAAAGAUCUAGAUCCAUACGUGACACUCUGGUCAAAGUGGAUCCCAUUGACUGCUACAAGAAACAAACAUGGUUGAAUCAGCCAAAACCGGGCAAGACCAUUGAUGACCUGCGGACACGCAUGGCCAACCAUCGCACAGCGAUCAGAUCGGCAAUUGAGAAAGGCAAGACCAUUGAUGACCUGCGGACACGCAUGGCCAACCAUCGCACAGCGAUCAGAUCGGCAAUUGAGAAAGGUCUGCCACUGCUGGAGGGUGAGGGGACGGAGACCCCUGAACAGUUGCAUACUCAUGUCCAGAGUGGGUCGGAGCCUGGCUCCCUGGAACAGCUGGUGCAUCAGGCAGUCCUGAAGAAAGACUUUCUGGCGCAGGAUGUGUUUUUCACAGGUACAACAUCUGUUCCCACCAGAGCUCCUCCUGUAUCACUGGCAUCUGAGCUGGAAUCAGGAGGGGUCAGUGAGGUAUCAGGAGUCCUCACUACAGCUGUAGGUGGCACAUUUUCUCUGCCUCCUCCCAUCAGUACCCUCAACCCACCUCCGCCUGUGCCAACAGGGGGCCCAGGACCUUCACCUGAGGGGGAGGAAGAAACCACAACUACACUGAUCACUACAACAACUGUGACUACAGUACACAGUCCAGUGCUCUGUAAUAACAACAUCUCAGACUCUGAGGGGAUUUUGGAGGCUCCUGAGUAUGCCGGGGGCACAUUCUUUGGGGGCCUUGACUGUACCUACAGUGUUUCUGUAUAUCUGGGGUAUGGAGUAGAGAUACAGGUUGAAAAACUGAAUCUGUCUAAGGAGGAGUCUCUGAGUGUGGAGGGGCUGGAGGAGGAUCGGCGCUUUUUGUUGGCUAAUGAGACUCUAAUGGCAGAAGGUCAAGUUAUUCGUAGUCCAACCAAUCAUAUUGUUGUGCGCUUCCAGACGUACAGGGCUACAAGUCCAGGGGCAUUUAAAUUGCGUUAUCAAGCUUUUGUUCUGAGCUGCGUGUUCCCCCCUCGGCCAGAGAACGGUGAGGUGAGCGUCACAGACCUGCACCCAGGUGGAGCAGCUAACUUCCGCUGUGCCCCGGGCUUCACCCUGAAGGGGGGAGACUCUCUAGUCUGCCUCAACAUCACCCGCCCCCAGUGGAGUGGAAAACCCCCAGUGUGUGCAGCAUCCUGUGGGGGGGUCAUCAGGAACGCCACAGUGGGGCGCAUUGUGUCACCUGACCUCACUGGUAACCACGGCAACAAUCUCAGCUGCCAUUGGCUGAUUGAAGCAUCGGAGGGACAACACCUGCACCUGCACUUCGAGAGGGUGUCACUGGAUGAGGACAAUGAUAGGCUUGUGGUGCGCUCAGGGAGUUCCCCACUCUCUCCACUGAUCUAUGACUCAGAUAUUGAUGAUGUUCCAGAGCGAGGUCUUCUGAGUGAUGCUCAGUCUCUUUAUGUGGAGCUGGUCUCAGAGAAUCCAGCGGUCCCUCUGUUGCUCAGCUUGAGAUAUGAAGUUUAUUCUGAAUCUCGCUGCUAUGAACCAUUUUUGGCUCACGGUAAUUUUACCACAACGGAUCCGCUCUUCUCUCCUGGUUCUCUUGUCUCGUUUUCCUGUAACGCAGGAUAUAUGCUAGAGCAAGGACCUCCAGUGAUUGAAUGUGUGGACCCUUCAGAACCACAUUGGAAUGAAAGUGAACCUGUGUGCAAAGCGUUGUGUGGCGGCGAGAUCUCAGAACCGGCUGGAGUCAUCCUGUCACCUGAUUGGCCUCAAAAUUACGGGAAGGGUCAGGACUGUGUGUGGGGCAUUCACGUGCAAGAAGACAAAAGAGUCCUGCUGGAGAUAGAGAUCCUGAACAUCCGCAGAAGUGAUGCAUUGACGGUAUAUGAUGGUGAUGACCUCACUGCGCGGGUGCUGGGUCAGUAUAUGGGUGUCCACCAAAGAUUUAAUCUCUUCUCCUCUGCAAAUGACGUCACUCUGCAGUUCCAGUCUGAUCCAAACGACCCUGUGUUCAGCCUGAGUCAGGGCUUCAUCAUUCACUUCAAAGAGGUACCACGAAAUGACACAUGCCCUGCACUGCCAGAGGUACCAUCUGGGUGGAAGACAUCCUCACACCCGGAUCUGAUUCGUGGAACUGUGGUAACCUAUCAGUGUGAACCAGGAUAUGACAUCAGUGGCUCAGACAUACUCACCUGCCAAUGGGAUCUGUCGUGGAGCAACGCCCCACCUACCUGUGAAAAAAUUCUUAACUGUGCUGACCCCGGUGAGAUUGGGAAUGGUGUUCGACGAUCAUCCGAUCCACGCUUCCCCAUUGGCUCACAUGUCCAGUAUUCCUGUAAUGACGGUUACACCCUGGAGGGGAGCCGCACCCUGACUUGCUACAACCGGGACACAGGAACUCCAAAAUGGAGUGACCGAAUACCCAAGUGUGUCUUGAAAUAUGAGCCGUGUCUGAACCCCGGAGUCCCAGAGAAUGGUUAUCAGACCCUCUAUAAGCAUCACUAUCAGGCGGGUGAGGCAUUACGCUUCUUCUGCUAUGAGGGCUUUGAACUGAUAGGAGAAGUCACCAUCACCUGUGUUCCUGGGCACCCGUCCCAAUGGACUAGCCAACCCCCUCUGUGCAAAGUUGCCUAUGAGGAGCUUCUGGAUGACAGAAAGUUGGAAGUCACCCAGACAACAGACCCCUCCCACCAAAUGGAAGGCGGGAAUAUCGCACUGGCCAUCUUCCUGCCAAUCAUUCUGGUCAUCCUGCUGAUUGGUGGAAUUUACAUCUAUUAUACAAAGUUUCAGGGGAAAUCCCUUUUUGGAUUCUCAUUCCCAGCCUCUCACUCAUAUAGUCCAAUCACCGUGGAGUCCGAUUUCAACAACCCAUUGUAUGAGGCCGGGGACACAAGGGAGUAUGAGGUUUCGAUCUGAUGUCAUUUCAGUCUGGAGGCCGUUUGGGGCAGAGGGGGGUGGGGAGAUACACAGGGGUUAUACGAUUAUACACAGAAUGGGGGUUCUUUAUUUACAGAUCAUCACCACAAGCUGCACAGUCCCCUCAUCUUGCGACCUUUCACCCCUUGCUAUGUGACUUUUCACCUUUGUAACUGUCAUUUGUGCCAAAGUAAUACUACAAAUGUCUGUGCUCCAGAGAGGCCUGCAGAGCGUUGUGCCAUCACCCCCCCACCAGAGACCUGCAGGGCUUCCCGUCAUUAAUCCUCCCCUUUGCCAGAGACCCAUAGGGCUCUAUUCCAUUGGCACCUCCUCUUCCAGAAAGGACUGGAGCAAAUAGCUCAGCUGCAAAGACCAUCACAUUUUUGCUAUCUAGCUGCAUCUGUUCUCACCUUUUGCGGGAGAUAAAAAAAAAAAAUGGCCGCCAAGCUGCAGCUUCUAGUAGCACAAUGGGGGUAGAAAUGUCUAUAUCUCCCAUAACGCCUGUCUACAUCACUCCCAACUCCGCUUCUCAAACUGGCUUUAUUUUCAGGCAAUAAAUAGCAAUCUUUCUUAGAAAAUGAAACAUUUUCUCUGUUACAAGAACGGCUUCCCUGCUACACCAUGUCUCUUCCUAUAGGGAACUUUAUAACCCUCUGUCACAGGGAUGUCCUAACACUACCUCUAUUGUCAGGUGGUGAACACAAAAUGGAGUCUCUCACAUGGUUUCUGAUAAUGGUUAUAUGACUAAGAAAUAUCACAACCAUUUUUAUCUGGCAGUGAGGGUUGGGUCAGCGAAAAUGGGAGAGAAUUCUUAGAGUGCACAAUUUGGCAUGACUAGAGAGCUGGAGAACUUCCGAUUGGCUUUGGCUGCAACUUAACUCCCACAAGAUUUGCUUCUUUUUUUUUUAAAUUUAAU